AUGAAGGGUCGAAGAGGGCAGAAAGAGCUAGCAAAGAUCAGUGAGCGACGAAAGAAUCAGGUGGCUGCCAGCGUGCGAGCGAAUAAUCCGCUGACUCCCAAUGAACGCGGAAAGAAGCGAAAGCUCGACGAGUCCGAUGGUAUCGAGACGUGCUCUCCAUCAAAGCGAACCGCUCUUGACACUGAACGAGAAGAAUGUCCAACCCUAGAAGCCGUCGUUGACCCUGCCCUUCUCGCUGAUCACUUUGCGAAAUACAUUCAAAAGUGGUUUUCGAAAAGUAGUCCCAUCGAACUGGAAAACCGAUACCUACCCGCAAAGGCUUUUCUCGACACCACGAGUUAUGACAAAGACCGAGUUGCCGCGAAUCUGCCAGACUUUCUCGUGCGAUUCUCAAUAGACGGGAAAGACCAACUUUCUACCUGCGACCAGGUAGCGACACCACACACCCUUGUCCUCACAGUAUCUGGCAUACGGACUGCAGAUCUCAUGCGCCAACUACGAGUGUUCAAGACUCAAGACUCCAAAGUCGCCAAAUUUAUUGCCAAACACAUGAAACUCGAAAUGAAUGUGGAGUUUCUGCAAAAAAACAAAGUGGGGAUCGCCAUAGGAACUCCGGAGAGGAUGUAUCAAUUGAUGGAAGCAGGUGCAAUGAAGACGGAGGCCCUACAACGAAUCGUAGUGGAUGGCUCAUAUAAAGACGAGAAGAAGAACACGAUCUUCACGAUUGGGCAAAUUUUUCAACCGAUGAUCGCCUUGCUCAAUAACGACAGUAUUCGCCAGAGAUACCGAAGUGAACAAAACAAAAUUGAUAUACUAGUCUUCUAA